AUGGGGAUCGAGGACGUCUAUCAUGAGAUCAGUCACCUCCAGGUACUGCUUCGGCCACCACCGCUAAAGUCUGACCAAACACGGAGAAACCAAAACAAGUACUGCAGGUUUCACGGCGAGAGCGGACACACGACCAAUGAAUAUUUUGACCUAACGGAUGAGGUCGAGAGGUUGAUCCGGGAAGGGAGGCUCAGUAAGUACCGAGCUGACCGACGGGGUAACAAUAAUCGGAUGAACAACGACCGACGGGAGGACCAAAGGCAAGACUAUCCCCCCAAGCCCGUCGGCGUGAUAAGGACGAUCUUUGGAGGGCCGUACCUUGGCAGCACCUCUCACCGCGCACAUAAAGAAUACGCAAGGGAGGCGAAGGACAAGUUGAACCAGAGGGUUAUGAGUGUGUCCGGCAGAAAGGCGAAGGCCACAAUAUUUGAAGAGAUCGAGAUAACGUUCUCGGAAGCGGACCCAAACGGGGUGCAUUUUCCCCAGAGUGAUGCUCUAGUAGUAGAGGCCAUGAUCAGAAACCAAACUGUCUGCCACAUCUUGGUGGACAACGGCAGUUCAGUGGACAUCCUGUACGUUGAUUGUCUCGACAAGAUGGGGAUCCCUCGAGCAAGACUGCAGAACAGCACACAACCCCUGUACGGCUUCACCGGGGAUUGUGUUGUCCUCGAGGGACUAAUAGAACUCCCCAUGACAAUUGGUAACCGACCACACACCUCGACUGUUAUGUCACGGUUCUUGGUGGUGAAGGGAGGUGACCAACACAACGCAGUCAUAAGGCGGCUGACGCUGAUGGCAUUAAAAACGGUUAUAUCGGUCUAUCAUCAAAUGAUAAAAUUCUUGACCCUCAACGGAAUCGGAAGAGUCAGGGGAAAUCAGUACGAGUCGAGGCUCACAUACUCAGAGACGGUCCACCACUACGCCGAGCCAGGGCAGACGAGAAAAGAUAUGAGGAUGGUCGUGACCAACACGGAGGCGGUCGACCUAGAUCAGAGACUCUCAGACAAGGAAACGGGAACGGGGCCAGUCGAAGAAUUGAUCGAGGUCCCCAUCGACGAGAAGGAGCCUGCAAGAAAGUUGAGGGUAGGCUCAGAACUUGAAGAGCAUAGCCGAAAAUAG